CAGUUCCAUUCAUUAAUGUGGCAUUGAAAUAUUUGUAAAUUUUUAUCUUAUUUGAGUAGGCGUUGUGUUUGGUGACGUGAUAAUGUUGCGAAUAUAACGGAGGAUUAUUGUUUUACAUUUGUAGAGUGAGUGUGUAGUGAUAGGAAAGUGCAGUGUUUUUGUUUUGAGAGCAUUAAAGUCUCAAUUUAUGUUUCUUUUUACACGAUUUUCAAGAUGGAGGAGGCCAAUGAUAGUAGCAGUAAAAAUACUAUUAAACAACUGAAAUCUGUUGAAAGCAGCGACCUUGAUGAUGAAAACUCCAAAGAUAGUGUCUUAACAACAGGAUCAAAGUUGUGUCUUGUUGGAGCCGCGAGUUUGGAUGUAGAAGUUGAAAAAGCAGCAAAGGAGUUUGGCUUGGAAGUGCUGACGUCAGAAGAUGGAUCUGAAUGGCAUGAUUUACCUGUCAACACAAUAUACUUCGUUCUGGAAGAGUUUGAAGGCAAUGUGUUUGAUAAUCUGCACAAACUUGGUCACAGAUUGCUCGGGACCACAGCACUGCGGGAGUUGGCUGCUAGACAGGAGCCACUACCCCACAACAACAGGCCUCUAUACAGCCUGGCUAUGUGGGGUCUCAUCGUGGCGUUCACCGGCUUCCGCAAGAAAGAAGAACUGAAGCGGCUGAUACAGAAGAUCCACAACAUGGGAGGCAGUAUCCGCAGCGAGAUGAACAGUAAGGUGACGCAUCUAGUGGCUCAGCGCUGUGGUGGCUCCAAGUACCAGUACGCCAUGACGUUCCGUGUGCCGAUCGUGGCAGCCACCUGGGUGCACGACGCAUGGGCAAUGAGAUCGCAACCAGAGUAUUCUGCUGCUGAUUCCAGUGUCAUCACCUGUCACAAACUGAAGCCUUUCCAAGGUGCAAGAGUGUGCUUCCUGGGGUUCCCAGAGGACGAGCAGAAGCACAUGGCUGAAGUACUCGUCCAGAACGGGGGAACAUUGACGGACCACGAAGACGCAAUGUGCAGUCACAUGGUCGUAGACGAGUCUACAGUCAGUAAACUCCCAGAUCAGGCUCCCCAGCAUGCUUCCAUAGUCAAGGCCGAGUGGUUCUGGGCAUCGGUACAGAAUGAGGGCUGCGUCGAUGAGAAAGACUACCUCUUCGAAGAUAACACAGAGGUAACCUGGUUGUGUGCUCAGUACCUGGAGAGUCUGGUGAGUCCGUCGCGUCGCACAACUCCCCUGGCGCCAACGUCACGUGCUCGUAAGCGCAAACGGCUGCAGGAGGCAGUGGCCAGGCUAGCUAGUGGCGCUGGCGUGUCACCGGCCACCAACAAGCGGAGGAGCUCAGUCAGCGACGCAGGGCUGCUCAGUGUUAGCGGCAGCUUCCUCGACUGCACCAAUAGUCCGGCCACUAACCUCUCCGAUGUAGGAGAUGCAGAACCUACCAAGGUAGAGACUCCACUCAAGAACCUCAGCCCUAGACACCAGGUGUUCCUGGAACUGGUCCAGACAGAGUUCAACUAUGUCAACACCCUCAAGACUAUCAUGACGCUGUACAAGGAACCACUGGAACAGAUGUGUGAGACGCCCGACCAGCUGUUGAGUCCUACAGAGGUGAAGAUCAUCUUUGGCCAUCUGCCGCCCAUCUAUGAGACUCACUGUCGCAUGCUGGAGCAACUUCGUCAUGCUGCUAGUCACUGGACGGAGGACACGAGCAUCGGCAACAUCAUACUCAACUUUUCGGGAGACCUAGUGAAGGCGUACCCUCCGUACGUCAACUUCUACGAGACCACCAGAGAGAUGUUGCUGAGAUGUGACCAGACCAUGCCCAGGUUCCACGCCUUCCUCAAGAUAGGCCAGACCAAGCCAGAGUGUGGCCGGCAGAGUCUACUGGAUCUGCUGAUACGACCAGUGCAGCGGCUGCCCAGCAUCAACCUGCUGCUCAAUGACAUAUUGAAACACACAAACAAAAGCAACCCAGACCACAGUGCCUUGCAAGCAGCAGCCGCGUCUAUUCGUGAGGUCACCACUCAUAUCAACGAGGACAAGAGACGCACGGAAGGCCAGAUGGUUAUGUUUGACAUCUUCAACGACAUUGAAAACUGUCCGCCCCACCUAGUGUCGUCCCAUCGCAGUUUCAUCACACGUUGUGACAUCACGGAGCUCAGUGAUGGUCUCAGCGGACGCGGCGAUGCACUUGCGUUCUUCCUCUUCUCUGACAUAGUGGAGGUAUGUAAAAAGCGCUCAAAAGCUUUCAACUCCCUCAAGAGUCCAAACACAGCCAAGUUGAAUGGUCAAGACAAGACUCGCCCGGCUUCCUUCAAACACGUCCGACUGAUGCCUCUCUCCCACAUCAAGAUGGUUAUUGACAUCACGGAGACUGAAGAUUGUCACAACAAGUUUGCGUUGGUGGUGAAAAGUAACCAAGAGUUGAGAGAGAAGCGAUACUCUUUCAGAAUCACAGACGAGGGGACGGACAAGAUGACGUUUCUGCGGACGUUGUGCCGUCAAAUGGCCAACACACUUUGUAGGCCGGACGCGGAAAACUUCUUGGCCUCUUUGAAUCAAGAGGAAUUGGACAUAGACACAAGUGAUAUUGGUGUGGGAACACUAAAAAGUAAAGCGGCAAAAUUUGCGUCAAGGACUCGUAUAAAGGUGGGACGAGCGUUCAGCUUCAACAAGACCCCUAACAAGCUGAAGAGGGCGAUGAGCACAAUGAUGAGUCCGUUUGGCAGCACUAGUAACUUGACACCUGCCUCACAGUUAGCUCAGAUGCGGCUGGCUAGUUGUAACAACCUCAAUGAGCUAGGAUCAGCCACACCCCCUCCCCCUGCCGCUCCUCCUCUCUCAGUGCAGCCAACCCGACGAAACAAACACCCUUCUCUGUCUGUCGCGUCCCUGCGGCGCUUAUGACACAUCUAUUGACCCACAUUUUUAAAGUGUGGGUUAGUCUCGGAAUGUACAUAUGUAUAUUGGUCCGGCCGUCCUAGUUCUUGCUACUUCCACUAUCUAGAUCUGAUCUAGUUCAAGGACAAUACAACAAUUAGGUGCUGUGUUUAACCGUUCCUGCCGAUUGAGUGCUUUCUCGGUGCUUCUCUAAGAAGUUUAUCGCAAUACCUGUUAUUGUAAAUAGUAGUUUAAAGUUGAACAGUCCAGAAGUACGGAAUGCAGUAUUAUAGUGAUAGGUGUCGAUUGUCUGUCUAAAGUAAGGUUUGUGAGUUUUUGUUGUAAAAGUGGAUACGUCCUGAGAUUUAAUGAAAAAGAAUAACAGGUAUUUGGAUAGGAGUUGACUGGAAAAAAGUGCAAAACUAGUCUCCAUUAAAACAACUUGAUAUUUAAACUACAUAACUGUGGUUUUCAUAUUGAUAAUGUUUAUGGUCAUAAUUCUUACAACUGCAGUCAUUUUUUAGUUUUUUAUGUUUUUCAACCACUUUUACCUAAGGCAUAUGUUUUUUUUCUGUUUGCAAUGCAAUUACAAAUUAGUAUUUCAAUCUACCUCAUUUAUGUAUGUUUCAAAGUAUUUUUAACUUCUGGAUGUUUUCAACUUUGACUAAUAUCUAGAAUCUGAAACUUAGAUGAUGUUCUUUAUUAUGGUGUUAUACAAGUUUGUGGUUUAAUUUUUUUACAACUUACAAAGGUGUUUGUAUACAAAAAUAUAUAUUAUUCAAAACUGUUUAUCUGUUCAAGUUAAUUUACCAAGUUCGUUAAUUUUUAGUCCAAUUGCUGAGUAAAAAAAAGAGUUUUUUGGUAAUAAUGAUUUUAACAGUUUUGUCUAUGUUUAGUUAGUUACUGCUCAUAAAUGAUUGAAGACGGAAAUCAAAUUUCUGGAAAGAAAUUUCUCAAGUAUAGCCUUUAAGUAACCCAACAUAGCCUAACUGAUUAAAAAUUCAUUUCAAACUUUUGGU